AUGCCCAGCCAAGCAUCUCCCACACAUCAGCAGCCCCCGAACGGUGGAGUAGCAGCCUGGACCAAGACGUUAGGAUGCUUCAUGAUCUAUGUGAACACCUGGGGCAUUGCCACAUCUUUUGGAGUGUAUCAGUCAUAUUAUCAGCAGUUCACACUUCAUCAAUAUACGCCGUCGACGAUUUCCUGGAUCGGCACGACUCAAGUCUUCCUGCUCUUCUUCGUCGCCAUCAUCGGCGGGCCAGUCUAUGAUCGUGGCAACUCGCAAUGGCUCCUCUACCUUGGCUACACUUUGAUUGUGUUUGGCUACUUCAUGCUUAGUCUCGCUACGAAGUUUUAUCAGAUCUUUCUGUCGCAGAGUAUAUGCGUUGGCAUCGGCAGUGGCCUGGUCUUCGUUCCCGCUGUAUCAACCGUUGCUCAGGCAUUCAGCACGAAGCAACCCAUUGCGCUCGGACUUGCGUCGACCGGCUCUGCUAUCGGCGGCACUAUCUUUCCGAUCAUGUUCAGACAACUGACGCCAGACAUUGGUCUCAUCUGGACGAACCGUGUGUUCGGUUUUCUGCUGCUAGCGACCUCGAUGAUGGCAGCAGCCCUGCUCAGAAGUUCUGGUUCUUCAGCAACUGAGCAUGAACAACACUCUUUGAAAAAGUUUUUCGACAUAUCGGCCUUCCGUGAGCCCGCAUUUACCUGCCUUUGCCUGGGUCUCUUUCUUGUCGAGCUAGGCUUUUGGAUACCACCCUUCACCAUCUCUCCAUAUGCACAGUUCACCCUCGGGGUUGGAUCAGAGUAUGCGUUCUAUCUCAUCGCUAUCAUGAAUGCUGGAUCAUUCGCAGGACGCAUCCUCCCAGCUUUCGUGGCCCAGACACGAGCCAUAGGGCCAGCUUGGACUCUAGUCAUGGGCUCACUGGGCCUUGGAGUUCUUGUUCUUUGCUGGCUUGCAAUUAACAACGUCGUUGGCGUGACAGUCUGGGCUGUCAUUGUGGGAUUCAUGUCGGGCAUUGUGGUGUCGAUACCGAAUGUCGUCGUGGCAAGGCUGUCGGCCUUCACACAAGUUGGGUCGAGAUCUGGAAUGUUGUGGACCAUUGUAGCGUUCGCGGCCUUGGUCGGAGCACCCAUUGCUGGCGUAUUGGUAGACUCGGAUACUAACAGCUACAAAUGGGGCCAGGUGUUUAGUGGACUGUGUAUCUGUGCUGGUGCCGCCGUACUCUGCGUUCCUGCUUUGUACAUUUCUCGCAAGCGGUCGGAGUAA